AUGCCAAGGUCGCCGCCCAAGCCCCGUCACGCCGAGGCCCAGAGAGGGCAGAUCCGGUGGGCGCCGGCGCAGAUCUGGCCGCACACCACGCCGAUGCCGCCAGAUCCACCGCGGAAUGCAGCCUCCGACGAAGGAGCACUGGGGGAGCCGGGCGGCCGCAUCCGCCCCGAGCCGCCGGUGAAAAGGGGGAGGGCCCCGCCACCGCCUUCACUGCGGGCCGCGCGAGCUUCCGGCGGCCCGCUCGGGCAGCAACGCGGCGGGAGGUGGCGGCGGGAGUGGUUGCGGCGGCUAGGGCGGAAUCGAUUCGCGCGCGCGCGCCCUCCCUCCCGCCAAUUCCACUUCUUCGCGUGGGAAACACACGCCACCGGCCCCACCUCGCGCCGGUCCAUAGAUGGACAUGGAGAUGGUCAGAUGCAGAUGGGGAAUAAGGAAGCGGGCAAGGGCAUGGAAGCGGUCUGGGGUCGCCGGCGAACUGCCCCUCCGCCGGAGGAUGACGACGGCGAGGUCGAGAGGUCCAGAGCCACCAAGGCCAAGAACGACCCCCUCUCCGUCUACGAGGCCACGCUGCUGAAGCUGCGACAUGGCUCGGUACAAGCUUUCACAGCCGCCCUGCCGGAUGGGGAUGGCACAAACGGAGGCGGCGAUGAUGGAGCUGCUAGUGCUCAGGGCAAGCAAACAAACUGAGGGAAGGAAGGGCAGCCAGGGGAAACGACCGCAUCUGAUGGUCAAGAUGCGGUGCUGUAUUGUGUUUUGGUUUUCAGGCGUAUUUGUAUUCAUUGUGUUACGGUAAAAAAUACAAAUAAGAUUAUUUGUUGUUAUGGUCUAUAUCACUGGCUCCCUGCUGAACAAGGGGGGUCUGGCUGUGGGCGCACCAUAACUGUCAGAUAUAGCACUGAAAUUUCCAACUUGGUUGGCUCAACGAUCUGAGAACUAGAGGUUGCUUGUUUUUGUUCAGUUUGACUGUCUGAAAAGACUCGAGAUGUAGUAAACCUCACUGUAUAAGUAUAACUGGCACAAUUAUAAUGCUUUCGUAUUAAUCAAAUAAAGAUCUUGAACUGUA